AAGGUCAGUGAGCAAAUCCUGUGCUAAAAAUAGAUGCCAGUUUCAAAGUUGGUAAGAUUUCCUUUGUCGUCCCUGUCACUCUCUGAAGAUCCAUGCUACCUACAGCUCCUGGAUAAGCUCCCAGGGCUUUGGUUCUGUCCAUUCCCCCACCCAUCGAACACAGACUCUUGAGACCAGAUGUCUUCGACUGCCCUGAAAUCUGGGAAGAUAAGUGCUUACGCAGCAGUUAAAGUAGACCCAGAUGGGGAUUACUGUACCCCUGGAGCAUUUGACCUGGAGAGGCUCUUCUGGAAAGGCAGCCCAAAGUAUACACAUGUCAAUGAAGUUUGGCCUAACCUCUACAUAGGAGAUGAGAAAACUGCACUUGACCGUUACAGCCUUGAGAAAGCUGGCUUCACCCACAUCCUCAAUGCAGCCCACGGCCGGUGGAAUGUGGACACGGGGCCAGAAUACUACAGCGACAUGGACAUCGAGUACCACGGCGUGGAAGCAGAUGAUCUCCCUACCUUCAACCUUAGCCAGUUCUUUUACUCUGCUGCAGCGUUCAUUGAUAAAGCACUCCAGAAUGAGACAAGCAAGAUUUUGGUACACUGUGCAAUGGGUCGCAGCCGCUCAGCUGCCUUGGUCCUCGCCUAUCUGAUGAUUUACAAGAACAUGACAGUGGUUGAUGCCAUAGAUCAAGUGCUCAGACACAGGUGUAUUCUUCCAAAUCGUGGCUUCUUGAAACAGCUAAGAGAACUGGAUAUAAAACUAGCCCUGGAAAGGAGCAACACCACCAAUGGGAUCAACUCCUCUGCAAAACAGGGGACCAGCACUGAGACGGAGAUCUAGCUUUCCCUAUACAGUAUGUGCCAAAAAAAACCUCCAAGUUUCUAAGAAAGGAUGUGAAAGUUUUAAACAAUGAGGUCAAGAGAGUCAUUUGUUACCAAGUCAGGGCAGGGGCAGGGAAAGGGUAUGGAAUCAAUCAUAUUUGAGGUGCCUUAAGGAUAUUUUUACCAUGAAAAUGCAGAGGCAGAGAAAAAUGAAGGACAGCAAGACAGCCUUAAUAGGAAAUUUGAAACACAUGAGGGAGAUGGCUCUUAAAAUGCUGCUCUGCAGAGUUCCGUUUUAUAGUGGAGCAGUUGGUAAUGAAUUCUUAUGAUUGUGUUCUGGCUGAGCACUCUAACGCCCCAAAAGUCCACAUUCUGAGCAUAAAAACAAAAGGACUGGGAUCUACAGACUUCACUGCUGGAAACUGAAUAGCCACUUACCUUAUUGCUGUCAAUUUGGAAGCAAUACAAUUGCUUUGCUUACAGCUAAUGCUGCACGUCUAUGCAUUUUCUUCUAUCUCCAUGCCAAUACAUGUUGGUGAGGCUGAGUGCCUCUUCUAGAUGAAUUUAACUAGGUCAUCUGUCGGCUAGAUUUCUUUCUAAUUUCACCCUCAGUAGUAGUAUAUGGGGCUAUUUUGUAUUUGCACAGAUUAAAAUAAACAGGUGCAAAUGGGCAGUGAUCGCUUUCCUUCCCUCUCGGGAAAUACAACUUUAAAAAGCUUAUUAUCAUACUUGUACCCAUGACAAACUUGGUACCAUAACAGUUAUAGGUUAUUAAGAAGUAUUCUCUGCUGAAAUUUAAGGAAUAUAAUUGGCUAUAGCUGAGUUGGCUGCCAUUAGCUAUUAUAGCACUCAUUUAAAAGAAA